CUGCAAUAUAAUUCUUCCAAAAAAGGAAAUAUUCUCCAGCGUGAAAACGGGAAAGCUUAUGGGAAAGUCCUUCAGAUAAAGUGUAAUUCCUGAUAUGAUAUCAUCUAAUAGAGCUAUCGUAUAAAUUAAUUAUGCCUAAUCAAACUUUUUAACUAAUGGUCAGGUGUACGAGUGUGUAAAUGUGUGCUAUCCGUUCCAAGAUCGAUGUUCAGCUGCCCGUUUUCAGGGUGUCGCGUGUGCCGCGCAGUCUCCCUCUUUCCGCUUUGGAUUUUCUUGAUCCGCUCUUUGCACUGUUGUAAGAAAAAUCGGGAGUUUCGGCACAGAAGGUUCUUCACCGUUCCCGGUCAACAAAAGUGGCUUAGCCACGAAAGGUUCAUUGCAAACAAAAAAAAUUUUUCCUCACCACCUGGUCCGGGCAAUAGUAAUAAUUAUUAUUGGUGCCUAGAAGGAUUUCCUUUCUUUUCUGUUUCUCUUCCUUUG